AUGUUUGUUUCUCGAUAUUCUUACUGUCCUUUUUAUUUGAGUGACGAAUUCCGAUCUCCAUCAAACAGAAGAGAAAGAAAACUUGUUCGACAAAUGAAACAGUUUUUCAAGAAAGAUUGCAUCUAUCAAAAGAAUCCAGCAAUAUAUCUUACCUAUGCAAAUACUGGUUUAGGUGCAUAUGGUAUUGAUACAACAUGUUGUUUCUCUAACGUAUUUGUUCCUAUGGGUGAUAUCCUUAAAAAUGAGUUUUAUGACAAUACUUUGCACCAUGACUACAAAAAAAUCUACCCAGAACUUAAGCCAGCUUGGUAA